UCUAAUUAAAUUGUUCUGAUUUUAACUUUGAUCUUAUUUUAAUUGUGCUUUUGUGGGAUUUCUCGUUAACUCUACUUAGCGCUUUUCCUGUAACCAUAUCGACAACUUAUUUUAACAAGACACUCAAAAAGAUCCGAUUGUUAAAUUUGAUUUGUUUAUGACUUUUGAAUUGUUGUUUACAUUUAAAUUUUUAGUGAUAUGAAAGAACAUAGGAAACAUCCGUCUACCCUUGGAUAUCCCGGUGAAAGUAGUAGUCAAGUUGAUCGACAUGAUAACACGAGAACCAGUCUAAGGGAAAGAGAGAAACGGAAAACUUCAGUUCGUAAAGCAGAUUGGGAGGAACAUGGAAGUGGUUCUAAAACUGUGGACGAUCGAGACUCUAAACGUUUCAAGGGUCAACGAGAUAGAGACAGAGAAAGGACCAGACGUUCAAGAGAAAGAGAUGAAAGAUCAAGGACAAGGGAAACUUCUCGAGAAAGAGAUAGACGAUCGGAGGUGAAAAAAUCGGACAGAGAAAAAAGUACGAGAAGUCGAACAGUGGAAAAAGAUCGAGUUGCUCGUGUCGAAAAAGUCCACGAACCUACAAAAGAUUCAACUCCAAUUGGAGGUGAAACCGACGAAGCAGAAAUGCUCAAGCUAAUGGGCUUUGGUAAUUUCGAUACAACCAAAGGCAAACAAGUUCCUGGGAAUAACGUGUCAGCGGUUCAUGUGAUACACAAACGUAAAUAUAGGCAAUACAUGAACCGUAAGGGUGGAUUCAAUCGUCCUCUUGAUUUCGUGGCAUAAGUUAGACGGAAGCUAUUGAUCCGGUAAAACAGGCAAACCAAGCAAUCAACAAUUAAAACAACAAAUAUCAAGAUGAACAAAUUCAGCAAACCAGCAAAAGGCAAAAGCCAGAAAAUCAAGCAACAAGCAGACAGACAAAGUACAAGAUAUAAUAAAAAAUAAAGAAAGAAACUCGUCCACGUUGGAGUCAAAAUGCUGAGAGAGAAAAACUAUUCCAACACAUCAACAUCCACACAUACAAACAACAAACUCACUCGCUCACUCAAUUUAAUCUCUCACAAAAAUUUAUCUCAACAGCCAGAAUAUUCAACACGCCGGCAAGUGAGUCAUGAUGAUGAAAAAUUCAGCAAAAGAGAGAGAUGAAAGAGAUUGAGAUGAUGAUGAUGAAGUAAAUAAGAAAAGAGGAGUUGAUGGUAAAGCUGAAUUGCCACAACAACAAACUCACUUUACUGAACGACAUUUCUCUCUCUCUCUUUCUCUCUCUCCCCACAAAUUCUCUUUCUUAUUUUCAUCAUGUUUCUUACUUUUCUCUCUCUCUUUCAUUUGGAUCAUUUAAAUUAUCAAGAGACCAAAAUGAUCGCCGUUUCAGGAUUAAUCUCGAUCACACCUUAACUUGGCCUGUUUAAUGCGAUUAAUCAAUGAAAUGAAUGAGUUGUUUUCAUCUAAUAUUAAUAAUAAACAUUUAACACUAAUCAUCAACUCACACAAUCAACGUUGAGAUAUUUAAUUGUAUUCUCAAUGAUUUGCCAGCUCACAUCUGUUAACAUAAAAGCACCAAACAUACAAGUGUAUUUAAGUACCGGCUUGAUAACCUAUUGAUUAAUUUUCUUAAUCAACAUUGUUUUGUUUUCCUUUUUUUCCUCUAUUAUUAACUGAUAAACAAUCAAUGUGUGUACAGCCUUUGUAAUAACUUUAAUUGAAGCACAUACCAAUGCCAUUAAUUUAUUUAUUUAUUAUUAAUUUCUUGAGAAAUACAUAAACAUAUUUUAGCCAAAGUUUGGUUGUAUCUUAUUUUUUUAUCAAGCAAUUUUUGUUUGUUUUUGUGUUUUUUUUGUAGGAUUUUUUGUUGUUGAAGAACAAGAGAGAGAGAGAGAGAGAGAGAAAUCAGAGUGAGAAUAUGGGACAGAGAAAUGUAAGAGAGAAAAAGUAAGGAAGAAGGAAUAAGGUAAAGAGAAAGAGAGAAAUAGAUUAUAAUAGAUAUACUAGAACAGACAGAAAAGAAAGAGAAAA